GUGGCGCAAGUCCCGGGAUCGCUCCGCUGAGUCCGCCCGCGCGUCGCCGCCGUCGCCGCCGCCCCCUGUCCCGGCCCCCCCCCGGGUUCCCGCAGCCCAGCCCGGUCCAGCCCGGUUCCCGGGAGGAUGAAGUUCGUGUAUAAAGAGGAGCAUCCGUUCGAGAAACGCCGCUCUGAGGGCGAGAAGAUCCGAAAGAAAUACCCGGACCGGGUUCCGGUGAUAGUAGAAAAGGCUCCCAAAGCUCGGAUAGGAGACCUGGACAAAAAGAAAUACCUGGUGCCUUCUGAUCUCACAGUUGGUCAGUUCUACUUCUUGAUCCGGAAGCGAAUUCAUCUCCGAGCUGAGGAUGCCUUGUUUUUCUUUGUCAACAAUGUCAUUCCACCCACCAGUGCCACAAUGGGUCAGCUAUACCAGGAGCACCACGAAGAAGACUUCUUUCUGUACAUCGCCUACAGUGAUGAAAGUGUCUACGGUCUGCGAAGCUGCUGCCCCUGAGGUGGGGGGUCUCGUUCUACAAAGAGGUGGCCCCCCCUUCCCUGACCUCCUCCUCCCCUGGGCUCAACCAACACCUCCCUUCUUCAGGACCUGCACUUCCUAAUGUUUGAGGCUCUCCUCCAGCCCUCCUUAGCCGGAGGGCUCCGGGGGAGGUGGCCUCUCGGACAUCUCCUCUCUCCCCUUUCUCUUACCAGCUUUCCCACUCUGCUUUAGACUUCUCAGUUGUCAAUCUCUGUCACCCCCACCCAGUGAUUGUUUUGGUUUCUGUUCCCUUUCUAACUGCCCAAGGGGCUCAGAACCCCAACAUUCCCUUCCUUUCACUACCUUCUUUUUUGGGGGUAGAUGGAAGGGACUGAAAUUGUGGGGGAAAGGUAGGAGGCACAUCAAUAAAGAGGAAACCACCAAGCUGAA